UCGUUCCUGACGCAAAUAUUGCACUAUAAAUGCACCAUAUUGCUUUACAUUUUUAUUUUUCUGAAUUCCUUGCUACAGUCUGAAACCUGAAAAUCCUUAAUCCAGCACGAUCUUUUACAUUCUACGGGUAUUUGUUGAGAUUUUUUAAUUAGUUUUAGUAUUACUCAAGCUACGGAAUUGUUCUCAUUGUUGACUGGGACUGCAGAGACCAAGUUAUUUUGGAUACGUAUAUUAUGUCAUAUGUGCAAUGGCUAGCAAUAAAAGACCUUCCGCGAUUCCAACCAACAACGAAUUCCUAGUGGGGUCUCAUUGCUUCUUGGAACAAUGCACAAAACUGGAUUUCCUUCCCUUUCCAUGUGAUAAAUGCCAUGAGACAUUUUGUCUCGAUCACCGACUGCCUUCGUCUCACAACUGCACCGCCGUCAGUGUUGCCACUGCCGAGGAAUCUCCUUCCCUUCCACCCGUGCCUCCGUGUUCACUUGCGACAUGUGCGGACUCGGGUAUCAUGCGAACCCAGUGCGAGCAGUGCCAGCAGACUUUCUGCCUGCCCCAUCGUCAUGGUGAAGACCAUAACUGCCCUGGCUCAAGGGCGCAUCUGACGAAGACCAACGCUGUGCCGUUUCAUUUGCCUGAAACCGUCAUCAAACCUGUUCAGCCUCCUGCCGCCAGAGCAAUUAAGGCACAAAACCCCACCGCCAUUAAAUUACGACGGAUGAAACUCAAAGCCAGUGCUACGGGGGAGAAAGGCAUCCCGGAAGAUGAGCGAGUGUUUGUGGAGGUGUUUCUGCUCGACGGAACAUCACGGCCUGUUUAUCUCCACAAACAGUGGUCGGUCGGACGGGCUGUGGAUGGGUUAAAGCGAUGUCUGGGGUUGGACGCGAAGUAUGACGAAACAGGGAUCCGUCAGAAAGAUGCAGACUUCGAAAUUUUGUCUUCGACCGUUGUUGCGGAAGCCGUCUCCGAUGGCAUGACAUUGGAGUUGUAUCGGAAGACUUCGAACUGAUUUUAAAAUUCACAGUUCUCACCAUUAACACUGUGAAUUACUGAAAUGGGCUUUCAAGAGGGUGAUGUCUUCCUGCUCCUGGACUGUAGCAGAUUGGAUGAAAAUCAUAAACGCACGAUAAAACAAUUCACCCUGACUGUAGCACUCGUAGAGCGAGUGCGAAGAGUUUUUGCCGGGAAGUUUGUUAAGGCUGCUAUUCAGCUAUUGAUCAACUUUUUUUACAACCGAUUUGCACUGUUUACAGAUACGUAUGUGUUUAUGAUUUCCGAAAAUCUCCGAUCCGAUCGAGAUGCGCGUUUCUUGAACCACUGUGCGUGGCUAAUAAUUUUUCGAAAUUCCUACGAGCGAAUGGGACCGGUGCACCGUCCGGCCUGUGAUCCGAUUAUUUCAAGGUUUUUUUAGUCAGAAAUAAAUAGAUUCGUCGAAUU